GCCAGCCCAAGAGGCCCCGGACACCCUCGUCCUCCACCGGACCACCGCGGCGCCACUCCCCUUCGUCGGCCGCCACCCUCUCCGCCGGUCCCCUGCCUUCGCCUCCACUCCGUCCGCGAGCCCGGCAGGCGACGCCGGAGGCCAAACCCCACCGCCCGCCCUAUCAAACACCCCCUCUAACUUUGCCUCCCAGAUGGUCUCCUCCAGCCCCGCCCCCACGGGGGCGGCGGUGCCCGAGUCACCGUCCACCAUCACGGACGGCGCCGUCAGCGGCACACUCCCGCGGACGGAGGCCUUGGCCGUGCACUACCCCGGAUACCCCUCCUCUCCCGCUCGCGCUACCCAUACCCUCGGCGGCCUCCCCGCCAUCGCCAAGGUCCGGAGUUCCGACCCCGGCUCCCGCCUCGAGCUCCGCUUCCGCCCGGAGGACCCCGAUUGCCACCCGACCUUCGGCGAGCCCCGCGCCUCCACCGGCCUGCUCCUCCGCCUCUCAAGGCCCAAGGGAGGCUCCGCGCCACCGCGUGCUGAGGUGGUGGCGCGCGUCCGGACCGCCUACCAUUUCGAUGGCAUGGCAGAUUUUCAGCAUGUCGUCCCAGUUCAUGCUGCUCAAGUGAGAAAAAGAAAACGGUUAGAUUGUCCCAAUGUUAAAGAUGAUUUGGGCACUGAUAAGGCAGGAGGUCUAGACACGGAUGAUGGAGAUGUCAUGAUGUUGGUACCACCGCUUCUACCAUCGACCAAUGCACUAUCCAAGAGCAUGCAAAGGGGAGUUGUGCGGCAUCGGUGGGAGAUGGAUAUUGAACCAACCCUUGCACUUCCUUUCAACAUUCAAGCUGUCCCCAAGAAGGUUAACUGGGAAGACCACAUACCAAGGAAUUCGUCAGAGUGGGAUUCGCAGAUGGCUGUGUGCAAAUUAUUUGACGAGCGUCCUGUGUGGCCAAGACAGUCACUUUAUGAACGUUUGAUUGAUGAUGGUGUGCAUGUGUCAACAAGCCAGUUCAAAAGCCUUUUGUUUAAAGCUGGAUACUACUUCUCUACUGGACCCUUUGGUAAAUUCUGGAUCAAAAAAGAAUAUGAUCCUCGUAAAGAUCCUGAGUCACGAAUAUAUCAGCGAAUUGAUUUUCGCAUGCCUCCUGAGCUAAGGAAUCUUCAAACGAAAAGGCACAAUGGAUCUGAGAAGUGGUCAGAGAUGUGCAAGCUUGAAAGGAUGCCAUCGAAAAGUUUCAUCUUCCUGCAAUUAUUUGAACUGAAAGAUGACUUCAUUCAAGCCGAAAUUAGAAAACCUUCUCAUCAAUCAACUUGCUCACAUUCGACAGGUUGGUUUUCUAAGCCAAUGAUUAAAAGUUUGAGGUUACAACUAUGCAUAAGGUUCCUCUCAUUAUGUCCUAAUGAAGAUGCCAAAACCCUUUUGAGAAGUUCCCAUCAACUUCUUGAAAGGUCCAAAAAGCAGGAAGCUAUUUGCAGAUCUGAGCAACUGAAGGAAAGAAAAGAUGUUGAUGAAGGUCUAGUCUCAUCUACUAGUCAAAUGCAUAUUUGUUUAAUACUUAUGGGCUCUGGCCGCUGGGUACCCUGCAGACAUAGUGUAUGUUUCGCGUUUCGUGAUUUGUAGACCUCUUACUGAGCAGUAUGAACUUGCUGCGUACCUGCAUCGUUCAAAACAAUUUUCAUUGAGCUAAUUAUAUACUGCUUCGAUGGCUUUAUUAAUCUAAUUUUGUGAACCAAGAUUCAUUUGGAGCUAUUUUAGGUUUGACUACUUAUGAGCUCACGAGAAAUUCCCAAAAGGUUUAUAGUACUAGAACAUGAUAGAAAACUUGACCUGUGAGUACAAUAUUCUCUUUGUUUGCACUGGACAUAUUAUCCACAUUCUAACUUUUUCUAGCACUAUGCUAUCUUUAAGGAAAUUCGUAGAAAAUACCCAAGUGCACUAUCUAGCUUAAAAAUGCUUAUGAACAAGGUUCAUGUUUCUAUAUCCCAUUUUCGUGCAUGCUAGGUUUGUACUUCUGUUUGUAUGGGCUUUGAUACAAGUUCAGGUCAAUUGGUAGCUCGUGUGUUCGAUGAACAAAUGUUUGUUCUUCUUCCUAGAGAGAUACU